AUGGGUAUGCCCUUGUGCUGCUUAACGCAGGCGGCGGGCCUCGCGCUCCGUCUCCAUGAGCGAGAGCAUGUCGCCCUCCUUGCACGGUCCCUUGACGUUGCGCACGAUCGUGCGGUUGGCGUCCGGCGAGCCCUCCUCGGCCAUCAGGCGGACGCGGACCUGCGUCACGUUGCCGCGCGAGCCGGUGCGGCCAAGCACCUUGAUGAUCAGGCCGACCUGCGCCUGGUCCGUCUGCUGCACCACCACCUCCUCCUGCGCGGCCUUCUUGUCCUUCUUCGCAGCUGCAACCUCCGCCAUGACUAG